GCGGUUCAUGGACUAAAUAAUAUAAAUACUAACAGAGCCUGGUGAGCACUGGGAAAGACCCUCUGCUGCCUCAGCUUUCCAGCCGGCGCACACACAAGCACCAUUGAGGGAAUUUGGUUGGCACACUGCAAAAAAUACCGACCCAAGGUAAUCCUUUCAUCACAUAUCCCUACUUAAAAAUGUUUUACACCCUAAAGCAAGCUUUAGAACCCGAUAACGUUCUCUGUCAGAAUAGUUUAAAUUGUUUUAAGUAAAAUAUUUGCAGAACUUCCCUAAAUUCUCUGCCAUUUUUAGCAAGUGCAUCCUGACACGUUUUACAGUUAUUAGCUACCCAAAGAAGCACGGCAUUGGAACCCCGUAAUCUAAGUCCCAACGUGACAAUGUUUUCUUCUUUGAGUGACACACAGAUUUUAAUUUUAUCACGAGACAAGAGCCUAAGGUGCUCAUUUCUUGCAGCGUACGCUCCGCCCUCUCGGCUGUCUCCGGCGCUGCGCUUUAAAUAGCAGCUGUUUAAAAGCUCAACAUUCUCCGGUGUGCCGUGCAGCAUUUAGUCCCUCUCAGCACCGCAGCCUCGACUCAUUCACACAGUUCUUAAAUAAUAAGACCCCCCCACACCCCGCAAUGUCGGCCGCCAGCACCGAGACAAGUGCCCCGCUGCCUACCGCCGGUAGCCGCGUCUUCUUCCAAGCUGCGACCGGAGUGGGUUGCGUGGGGUCCGGCCCCAUCACCGCCGGGGACGAUCCGGUCCAGAAGAAACAGGGCAAAGUCACGGUCAAGUACGAUAGGAAAGAGCUGCGGAAAAGGCUCGUCCUGGAGGAGUGGAUCAUUGAGCAGCUCAGCGAGUUGUACGACUGCGAGGAGGAAGAGAUGCCAGAAGUAGAGAUAGACAUAGAUGACCUGUUGGAGGUCAACAGUGAUGACGAGAGAGCCAGCAAACUGCAGGAAUCUUUAACAGAUUGCUACAAACCAACAGAGGACUUUGUCCGUGAGCUGCUUUGCAGGAUAAGGGGGAUGAGAAAACUCAGUGCGCCAACUAAGAAGGGCCUAUAAUGGCUGUAAUGUCAACCAUCAAUCAACCAUAAACUACGUCAUCUCAGCUCCACCUACUUAACCCAUUCAACAUGGACUGUCAUCACAAAGAAUAACUUAUCUAAACAUAACCGCAUUAGUAACUAUUCUGCAACCUGCAAACCGCACCAUGAACUCCAUACAUAUAGUACUAGUCAUUCAUUUCACAAUCAUGUAGAAUAACAAGGUGUAUUAUAAUAUUUGACUGUUGAAAGGUACGUAGGCAAAACAGAGCUAAUAUGGUUCAAUAGCAUACACUUACAAUAACAUGUCAAGCCGUGGAACAUGCCAGAACUGCAGCUGUGCAGCUCUGCAGCUUUAACAUGAACACCACCUAAUUCCACGUUUCAGAGCCAUUUUACAAGCUGAUGCUGUAAUACCAACAGCCAUACAGACUAAAGCACCAUCAAAUCUCAAAAAGGGAGGUGGUAAAAAAAAAAUGUUUGUACUGCAGUAGGUGUUAAAUUAGCUGUAGCACUACGUAAACACAGUGCUUCAUGAUUUUGUUAUUUUUUACUGAGGUGUUUUGCUGUCACUUCUUCUUCUUUUUUUUUUUAUUACAAAAAUGUACUGUAUGUUGCCAUUUAUUAUUCAUGUGAUUGAAAUGUGGUCCUCAACAGUUUUUGUCCUACUUUUAAGUCAACCUCCUCAUCCUUACUUCGUCAGUGCUUGUAAGGGAGCUCUGUAGUAUUAUUUUUAGCACAAGGUGUUAAUGCAUCGGUUCUGUCCUUUUGUGAUAUGUAAACUCCAGGAGGAAAGAUUUUUGCUUUUUAACCACUGUUCUGUUCUAUAUUUCACCACAGCAAGGCAUGAUGGGUGUUGCAGUUCUCUGGAUGAGACUACAAAACCUGUAUGAUUGGCAGCCUUUCACUAAUCAUGUUAUGUGGUAUUGUUGAUUGCUAUCCCUCAUCAGAAUACAUAUCAGUUGGUCAUUUAGGUUCAAGCACAAAGUCCAAACAUUGUAGUUGUUUUUCACACUCUGGUUCACUUCACUUUGCUAACUUGCCUCUCCAGUAGUGGCUAACGUUGCCUUCAAGGAUAUUCAGGAUCAGUUCACCUUUUUUCUCAGCACUGAACCUUAACUACUGACAACCUAAAGACAAAUAUGGUUGAGCAAGAACCUGAGGACAACUUGAAACUUUGACACUGAAACCUGUCAUGUCCUGUAAGGGAAGGUGUGCCAAAACCAGGAGUAAUAUAUCCUAAAUGUCAUACUUUACAGAGGCAUUAGCGUGACACAGCAUUUCCACAGAAAUUGUUUGUUGAGUUUGUGAAACAUCCUCGGGGUGGGCGCAGAAUUUUAAGAUAAAACUUUUCCAGGUUGCAGAAAAUAUAUUGUAAUUGCAUAAUCCCACAUUAAAGAGAUGGAUUUAGUUAUGUAUUGUUGACCUUCUGUACAACAACACACUCAAAAACCUGUAAGCUCUGGUACAAUCAUGACUCGUGUUAUGGCGUUGGGCCCAGUUUCACUUCCGAGUAGUCAAUCGCGAACCAACCGGAAUGGAGCAGUCCUAAACUUGCCAUGUGAUAUACCCACAGCUGCCAAAGACAAAAGCAGGGCAAUGUUUGAUUUUAACAUAACACUUGCAAAGCACCCGUCUUGCAUGCUAACAACAGAGAAAAAAACACUGAUAAAGAGUAUAGAUAUUAUGAAAUUAUAAUCAAGCAAAAAAUACCUUUUUCACUUAGCUGCCAUGUCUGACUUUGUAGAACUUUUUUUUGUUGUUGUUGAAACAACGUGACUGUCACGUUGGAGAGAAUCCAGGAAAAAUUUUUUAAAAUGGUGCUGUUUUUGAUGUUUUUCCCAGGUUUUGGUCAUACAAGAUGCAUUUUCACUGUCAUUAAUGCCAGAGAAAUGCAUCUACAAGAAAUGUAUCUGUCUUUAUUGAGGGGGUGCAUGCAGUCUAGAAUGGUAUCCUCUACGCAUUUCCUUUCCUCAGUCUGAACUGAACAAGACAUGGCUGGGUGUGUGUUACCACACUCAGCUGGCAAUGGUUGAUUUGGUUGAAAAAGAUCAUGUGUUUUCCAGAUCAGUGAAUUGGAAGGAAAAGUUUAAGAGGAAGUCAUUAUUGGCAACUGAGAUGCAUCCAGGACUCAUGUUGAGGUACUCCAUAGGAUUUUCUCUGUCAAGAAACAGUUCAGGGGCAAUAGGCUGAUAUUUUAUAAUUUAUGGGAUUUCAUGUGGAGAGUAUUUUGAAAGUGUCCAUACUAGAAAGCUUUAUGUUUGCAUGUAUUUUUAAAGCCGCAUGUUGAGGGGAACAUUUUGUUGGCCCAAAGGUUUUUAUUUCAAAAGAUAAAACACUUUCCUUUUUAUACCUUUAUUAUUAUUAAGACUAAAAUAUUCAGUUUUUCAGCUGCAGUUUUGUUUUUCUGUACAUCCACAAUAAGCGUUCUUGUUUUUAAAAUGUAAUGUGGUGUGUGGUUUGUUUUUGCUGAUAAUAAAAAUGCAGAAUGACUCUGUACUGUUUAAACACAAA